AUGAGCGCCAUCGCCGCAGCGGCCGCGCAACUCGAGUCACACGGGGGGCCGACUUGUGCCGCAAUUCAUCUGUUGCGCCGGGCCGUCGCCGCCGACGCGACCAGCGAAGCCGUGCCCGCUGCGCUCGCGACGCUCGCGGAGCAAGCGCCACGCUUCGGCGACGAGGCGGCCUGCGUCGCGUUGAAGACGGUCGAUCGCCUCGCGGCCCGCGGCGUCGCGCCGGCGCCGCUGGCGAGCGUCGCCAGGGCCGCCGUCGCCGCGAUGCGCGACCCGCCGCCGCCGAAGCUGCUGGCGGUGCUCCGGCAGGCGACGAGCGCGCCGCUGAUCGCGGGCGCGGCCAAGGCCGCCCCGCCGCGCGUGCUCGUGGUCCUGCCGGCCCCGGCCUCCAAGGUCGCGCGCCGGGCGCUGGGGCACGCGUGGGUCGCCGCGCUCAAGAAGCCGAUCACGCCGAAGUCGGUGCGGUUGGCGGCGCUGCGGAAAUGCGGCGCGAUGCUCGGGGCGAUGCCGGAGCCGCUGCGGCUCGCCGACGCGUUCGUGGCGGCGCUGGCCGCCGCCGACGAGGUCGAGGCGUGCAGCGCGCUGCGGGGCGUGUUCACCUUGGUGACGCGGCACGGGCUCGACGCGCCGGACUUCGUCGACCGCCUCGUGGCGCUGACCACGGCCCGGACGUUGAGAGAAGCCCCCGCGGACCUCCUGGGCGUCGCCGCGCCCGUGCUGGGCGCGUCCCGGCUCCCGGACCUCCAGAGGGCGGCGCUGGCCGCCGCGCUCAUCGACGCGGCGACGACGGCGCCGCCGGCCGCCGCGCGGCGCGCGUUGUCCGCCGUCUCGGACGCGGCGCGCACCCAGGGCGUGUGUCGCGAGGCGCUGACCGCGCCCGCGGCGAAGGCCUUUGGGUCGCACUGGGCGCCGCCGCUCCGCGACGUCGACGAGGCCGACGAGGCCGGCGCCGCCGACGCGUCCUACUACGGCGCGUUCAUGGACGCGGCGCCGGACUUCGCGCCGCCGCCGAUUCACCCGACCGCGGCCGCGCGCAAACGGCCGCUCUUCGACGCGGACGACGCGCGGCCGCUGCGGCGGCGGGGGGCUGUUUUUAGCCUCGAAAAACACGAAUAG